GAGCUGCUGCUGAGUCUCCUAGGGGCGGGGGGAGCCUUCUCGCCCGGGCCGGGCUGUCGCCUGGGUCUCCGAGGGCGGAGCUGAGCUGAGCUGGACGCUGACGUCCUCUCUCUCCGUCUCAUGCUCUGACGAACCUUUUCCAGGUGUCUGACUUCAGCCGCCUCGGCAGCCAGAUCUCUCUCCGUCGGGGUCCUCAGCUAAGACCGCAGCCAUGCCGGUGACGGUGACCCGCACGACCAUCACGACCACGUCCUCCUCGGCCUCCCCGACCGUCCUGGGGUCCCCUCGGUCGCUGUACCAGCCCCUGGGCCUGCUCCGCCUGCUCCAGCUGCUUUCCACCUGCGUGGCCUUCUCGCUGGUUGCCAGCGUGGACGCCUAUGUCGGGUUCUCGGGCAACUGGUGCAUGUUCGCCUGGUGCUUCUGCUUCGCCGUGACCUUCAUCAUCAUCGUGGUGGAGCUCGGCGGGCUCCAGGCUCGCUUCCCGCUGUCCUGGCGCAACUUCCCCAUCACCUACGCCUGCUACGCCGCCCUCUUCUGCCUCUCGGCCUCCAUCAUCUACCCCACCACCUACGUCCAGUUCCUGAGCCACGGCCGCACCAGGGACCACGCCAUCGCCGCCACCGCCUUCUCCUGCAUCGCGUGUGUGGCUUACGCCACCGAGGUGGCCUGGACCCGGGCCCGGCCCGGCGAGAUCACGGGCUACAUGGCCACCGUGCCGGGCCUGCUCAAGGUGGUGGAGACCUUCGUGGCCUGCAUCAUCUUCGCCUUCAUCAGCGACGCCUACCUGUACAAGAACAAGCCGGCGCUGGAGUGGUGCGUGGCCGUCUACGCCAUCUGCUUCAUCCUGGCCGCCGUGGCCAUCCUGCUGAACCUGUUCGACUGCACCAACGCGCUGCCCAUCCCCUUCCCCAGCUUCCUGUCCGGCCUGGCCCUGCUCUCCGUCCUCUUCUACGCCUCGGCCAUGGUCCUCUGGCCCCUCUACCAGUUCGACGAGAGGUACGGCGGCGUCCCUGAGCGCAGGAGGGAUGCCGGCUGCAGGAGCAGCCACAUCCAGUACGUGUGCGACUGGGACCGCCGCCUGGCCGUGGCCAUUCUGACGGCCAUCAACCUGCUGGCCUACGUGGCCGACCUGGUGUACUCGGCCCGCCUGGUCUUUGUCAGGGUCUGAGGGGCUGUCCCGGAGCUCCCGGCGCCCUCUUCUCUGCGAGGGUGUCUCUACCGGAUUCUGAUCUCCUCCGAUGUCCUCCCCCUGGGGCUCCCCCCCCCCCCUCCUGUACUCUCUGUCCCCGUCCCUUCCUGCGUCUUUGGCUGCCCACACCCUGUGUUGCCUUUCUCUCCUCACUCUCUCUCUCCUUUCCUCCCUCGUCGGUUUUUUCCUGGCGAUCCGCCCUGUUUGCUUUCUCGCCUGCCUUGUUUCCUUUGCCACUUCUUCCCAUUUCCCUUCUUCCGCGUUCCUUGGGAGCCCUGGGACUUCUUGGUCACCCCCCACUCCACCCCAACUCCAAAGGUGCUGAGCUCCACACCCCACACCCCACACCCCACACCCCACAUAGCAGCUGGUCAGACCCCAGCCCCCCCGUGGGGCCUCAUUGCCAAAGCAUGUGCCCACGCUGGCUGUGCCUUAGUAGGUGUGUAUGUGUGUGUGUAUGUGUGUGUGUGUGUGUUCCGGGGGUGGGAGGGUAGUUAGCGAGGGGGACCCUUUUCUCGCAGUGGAAGGGGGUGUAUAGUAAAGCCUCCCCCCUUUAAGUAAAAAAU